AUGCAAUAUAUUUAUUUUUCCACUUUUCAGGAAUAUGAUUGGACCGAGAAGGAGAUAUCCUACAUAUUGUCCAGUUUCUUUUGGGGCUAUGUGUGUACACAGUUUCUCGGUGGCAUUCUGUGCAAGAAAUUUGGAGCCAAAAUAAAUAUGGGCGUAUCAACCUUUGUGUCAGCCCUGUUAACUGUUUUGACGCCAUGGUGUGUGGGCUGGGGGGGUUGGCAAGUGUUUUGUGCCAUACGAGUAAUACAAGGCCUGGUUCAAGGCGUGAUAUUUCCCUGCAUAUACGAACACUUGGCCUUGUGGUCCCCAGCAGAAGAAAGAAAUCGCUUGGGCGGAUUCAGUAUGACCGGAGUGGAUUGUGGCACAAUAUUAGCCAUGGCCAUAAGUGGCAUAAUAGCCAAAGGGUCCAUGGGUUGGCCAGGAAUAUCUUAUGUAUCUGCAGGAAUUUGCUUUGCUUGGUGUUUACUAUGGCUAAUAUUGGGAUCCAAUAGCCCUAAUGAAUCAAAAUUCAUUACUGAGUCCGAAAAACAGUAUUUGGAGCUAAGUGUGGCUCACAAGAAUGAUUCUCAAGACCAAAAAAUUCCGGUUCCUUGGAAGGCUGUACUCACGUCCUUGCCUUUUUAUGCCUUAAUAGUUGCCAGAUCUGCACAAAACUGGGGCUUAUCUACAAUGCAGUCUCAAAUACCGUCUUAUCUCAAUGGAGUUUUAGAUAUGGAAAUCCAAGCCAAUGGCCUGUUUUCAUCGUUGCCCUUUAUGGGCAUGUUGGUGAUGUCCUUUGUCUAUUUGAUGCUUGAGGAUGUACUAAGGCGAAAAAAGAUUCUAACCCUAAAAGGAGUGCGUAGAGUUUUUAACACAGUCUCAUUUUGGAUACCCGCAUGUGGUUUGAUAGGCAUUGGAUUUCUGGAUGGUGACAAUAAACCUUUGGCCAUUUCCCUAAUGACCUUGAGUGUGGCCAUCAACAGUGGCAAUAUAAUAGGCAGUGCCUUAAAUACCAUCGAUUUGGCACCCAAUCAUGCUGGCAGUUUAAUGUCUGUGGUCAAUACUGUGUCAAAUUUCACCCCUUUCAUAUCGCCUUUAGUGGUGGGGGUCAUAGUCACCGAUGUGCAUGAACGUUCCUUGUGGCAAAUAGUGUUUGCCAUUGCAGCUGCUAUCUUCUUCUUUGGCAAUUUUUUCUACAUCACCUGUGGCACCACGGAUACUCAACCUUGGGACGCUGAAGACUUCUUAAUACCCAAGGUUUCGCAGAGUUCUGAAAGGGGAUAUAACAAAAGCAUAGAUGAUUUGGGGGUGUAUAAUAAGGGAAUGGAUUUGGAGACAAAUAUAUCUGACUUAAAUAAAGCGGAAAAAUAAAAAGAGGAAA